AUGCCCGGGCCGGCCCUGCUACUACUGCUGCUGCUCGGCCCCGGCUGCCUGGCCGGCCCGGUGCCCGCCGCGCCCCAGCCUGCUCCGGGGCCGUGCGCCGCGCAGCCCUGCCGGAACGGGGGCGUGUGCACCCCGGCCGAGGCCGGCCAGCCCGGCUACGGCUGUACCUGCCCCUCCGGGGUCUCGGGCGCCAACUGCCAGCUUGUCGCAGAUCCUUGUGCCAGCAAUCCUUGUCGCCAUGGUGACUGUAGCAGCAGCGGUGAUGGCUACCUCUGCGUGUGCAGUGAAGGCUACGAAGGGACCAACUGUGAGCAGGCUCGCCCCAGCCUCCCUGCUUCCGGGUGGACCGAGGCCACGGCACCCGGGCAGCUCCAGCCCAUACCUGCCACCCAGGAGCCUGAUGUGAACCUGCCCCACUCUCCAGCUACCGCUACGCUGCCAACGUGGCAGCCAAAAACAGGGCAGAAAGUUGUAGAAAUGAAAUGGGAUCAAGUGGAGGUGACUCCAGACGUUGCCUGUGGGAACGCCAGUUCCAACAGUUCUGCGGGAGGCCGCCUGGCGUCCUUCGACGUGCCGCAGAACACCUCAGUGAAGAUUCGGCAAGACGCCACUGCUUCCCUGAUUCUGUUGUGGAAGGUCACAGCCACCGGAUUCCAACAGUGCUCCCUCAUCGAUGGCCGGAGCGUGACCCUCCUUCAGGCCCCCGGAGGCCUCGUCCUCCUGGAGGACAUGCUCGCCUUGGGGCACAAUUACUUCAUUGGUUUUGUGAACGAUUCUGUGACUAAAAGUAUUGUGGCUUUGCGCUUAACGCUGGUGGUGAAGGCCAGUACCUGUGUGUCUGGGGAAAGCCACACAGAUGAUGUGGAGUGUUCUGGAAAAGGAAGCUGCACCACGAGGCCAUCAGAGGCAACUUUUUCCUGUAGCUGUGAGGACCAGUACGUGGGUACUUUCUGCGAAGAAUUCGACGCUUGCCAGAAGAAACCCUGUCAGCACAACGCGAGCUGUAUUGAUGCGAAUGAAAAGCAAGAGGGCAGUAAUUUCACCUGCCUUUGCCCUGCUGGUUAUACUGGGGAGCUUUGCCAAUCCAAGAUCGAUUACUGUGUCCUGGAACCAUGUCGAAAUGGAGCUACGUGUGUUUCUGAUCUCAGCGGAUUCACUUGCCUGUGUGCGGAAGGAUUCUUUGGAUCUGCCUGCGAGGAGAAGGUGGACCCCUGCGCCUCGUCCCCGUGCCAGAACAAUGGGACGUGCCACGCAGACGGCGUGCACUUCAGCUGUAGCUGCAGCCCUGGCUUCACAGGGCCGGCCUGCGCCGAGCUUGUCGAUUUCUGCGCCCUCAGCCCCUGUGCUCAUGGCAUGUGCCGCAGCGUGGGCACCAGCUACAAAUGUCUCUGUGACCCAGGUUACCACGGCCUCUACUGUGAGGAGGAGUAUAAUGAAUGCCUCUCAGCCCCCUGUCUGAACGCCGCCACCUGCAGGGACCUUGUGAAUGGCUACAAGUGUGUGUGCCUGCCAGAGUAUAAAGGAAUACACUGUGAGCUGUACAAGGAUCCCUGUGCGAACGUCAGCUGUCUGAAUGGAGGCACGUGUGAUGGCGAAGGUCUCAAUGGCACGUGCGUGUGUGCACCGGGGUUUGCAGGUGAAGAGUGUGACAUCGACAUAAACGAAUGUGACAGUAACCCCUGCCGUCAUGCCGGGACCUGUCUGGACCAGCCCAACGGUUACACAUGCCACUGCCCACAUGGCUGGGUGGGAGCCAACUGCGAAAUCCACCUUCAGUGGAAGUCCGGGCACAUGGCGGAGAGUCUCACCAACAUGCCCCGCCACUCCCUGUACAUCAUCAUCGGUGCCCUCUGCGUCGCCUUCAUCCUGAUGCUGAUCAUCCUGAUCGUGGGCAUUUGCCGCAUCAGCCGCAUCGAGUACCAGGGCUCUUCCAGGCCAGCCUAUGAGGAGUUCUACAACUGCCGCAGUAUUGACAGCGAGUUCAGCAAUGCCAUUGCCUCCAUCCGGCAUGCCAGGUUUGGAAAGAAAUCGCGGCCCGCGAUGUACGAGGUGACCCCCAUCGCCUAUGAGGAUUACAGCCCCGACGACAAGCCCUUGGUCACACUGAUUAAAACAAAAGAUUUGUAAUCUUUUCUGGGAAUUAUUUUUCAAAAAGAUGGGAUACUUCACUCAUUCAGAUAUUUUUAAGAAAAUAAAAAGCUUAAGAAAUUUAAAACGUUAGCUGCUCAAGACUUUUCAGUAGAAUAUUGAAGAACUAAUUUUCUGCAGCUUUUAGUUUGGGAAAAAAAUAUUUUAAAAACGGAAUUUGUGAACUCCGUAGACGUUUUAAUGUCCUUUCAGCUCUCUAAGCGUAUGCUUCUAAUAGUGUGUGCUCUUUCCACAUGGGACAACAUCCCCAAACCCAGAUUCAUUUCUGUGGUUGCUACAGAGUUAAGUCUAGUCCAGGAAAAGUUUCUAUUUGACACGUGAGUGCUGGCUUUUUGAGUAGAGUUAGGAAAAACGCAUAGAGUAAGAUGCAUUCUCCAGUGUACCUGUUACUUAAAAAGAAGUCUGAAAUGUUCGUUUUGUGAAAAAAAAAAAAAAAAGAAGCUAGUUAAAUGUAUUCCUUCUAGCCUGAAUGAAGUUAGCCUUUGCCUUAUUCUGUGCAUGGGUAAGUAAUUUAUUUCUGCACUGUUUUGUUGAACCUUGCGGGAACAUCGUUCUGAGUUUGUUUUCUGUCGUUUUUGUAACAGUCGUCAAACUAGGCCUGGAAAACACACACCGUGAAAGGGCCUAGUGAGGCAAAUUAUGAUGGAGUUGAACCUGUACUUUUCUUUCAGAAGUCAAGGUUUUCGUACUGUGAGUAAAUUAACUCUGCAUUUGAGCUGUUCGUUGCUAAGAGGUAGUAACCGUAAGUGAGGACUGGUACCCUCAGUAGUAUGUGCUUCUCAUGGUGCAGCUGUAUUUAUCUCCAGGACAUGUCUGUGGCUGUAUCGGAUUGGUAUGUGCUUCUUCCGAUUCUUGCUAAUUUCAAAGAAUAUCGAAUAAAUGUUAUCAAGUCAA